AUGGGCGCAGACAAGGAGCGCUUCACGACCGGACUGCCGGAGCACUUACUCUGCGAAAUCUGCCUCGGCGUCUCGUACCCGCCCAUGGUGCUCUGUGCACAGGAGCACAUCGCAUGCGAAGGAUGUCUGGCGCAGAUUCAGGCUUCGCCGGCCAAGAACAGGUGCCCGAUGUGCCAGCAAGCGAUAUCGACGCCUGUCCGUGCUUCUCUCGCGCUGAAGAGAGCUAUCGAGGGGUACAAAUACACCUGCCGGCAUGGUGAAUGCGACUGGACAGGAGCGAUUUCGGACGAGGAAGGGCAUGCGCGCGAUUGCGGCUCUCGCUUGGUGCGCUGUUAUCGAUGCGACGACAGCUACAUGUCGAAGGACUGGCUUGGACACUGGAGGGUUUGCGCUGGUGCUUUCGUCUCUUGUCCCGAAGGUCGCCAAGCCUGCGUCGGUACACCGGAGGAUUGUGGCUUCUUCAAGCGGCGUGACCUUCAGGCGCACCUCGAGAACGACUGUACACAGAGGAAGUGCCGCGUCACGAAAGGCUGCAAUACCCGCACGACCUACGCUAACCUUCCUGACCACGAAGCGGGAUGCAGCGCGGCAGCGAAGCGCAUCCAGGAGCUCGAGGAGGCUUUGCGCGAGAAGGCUGCUGGGGCAAGUCCUCGCAAGACGCCGUUGCACUCGCAGAAUGUUCACUUGACCAACGGCGGGCGCUCCGACGGUCUUCACACGCCGUUGCGGGAAUGCUCCCUCCCCCACACCGGUGGUUCGACGUCUCGCAAACGCACCUUGGACUUCGCGACCGACUCGGCUGCGAUCGGCGCUCCGUCUUCACUCAACGCUUCCUCCGUCACUGGCACUCCUGUCGCCUGUUCGAUUGCCGAUUCGCUCGUCAAGAAGCAGCGUCGCUCGUCUGGCGCUUGA